AUGCUGCGUACCCCGGCGACGAGCAUGCUGCGCAACAGCCUGGUGCGCAGCGCCCCUGCUGCCCGCCGCGCCGAGUCGACGGUCGCUGCCUCUGCCAGCCACGCCAUCUCGAAGCCCACCCUGGCCAACAUUGAGAAGCGUUGGGAGGGUAUGCCUCUCCAGGAGCAGGCCGACCUCUGGAUGGCCCUGCGCGAUCGCAUGAAGGGCAACUGGAAGGAGUUGACGGUUCAGGAGCAGAAGGCUGCUUACUGGAUUGCUUUCGGUCCCCACGGCCCUCGCGCUACUGACCCCCCCGGCACCGGUGCCAAGGUCUUCUGGGGCGUCAUGGCUGGCCUGGGUGCUUCGUUCGGCAUCUUUGGCUUGAUCCGCGCCUUCGCUAACCCUGCUCCUCACACCAUGAACAAGGAGUGGCAAGAGGCUGUCAACGAGAAGCUCAUUGAACAACGCGCCGACCCUCUCACCGGUAUCACCUCCGAACACUACAAGGGUCCUGGCCAGGUCCAGUCUCCUCCCAAGGGCCCUUAA